CCCCCAGUGACACAAUAGCAGCUCCCUCCAAGAUGGCGGCGGCGACGGCAGACCCGGGAGCUGGGAACCCGCAGACUGGGGACUCCUCCGGUGGGGACACAGGGGGCGGGCUACCGUCACCCGGGGAGCAGGAACUGAGCCGGCGCCUGCAGCGCUUGUACCCUGCUGUCAAUCAGCACGAAACGCCACUGCCGCGAUCCUGGAGCCCCAAGGACAAGUACAACUACAUCGGCCUCUCCCAGGGAAACCUCCGCGUCCACUACAAAGGUCAUGGCAAAAAUCACAAAGAUGCAGCCUCGGUGCGCGCCACUCACCCCAUCCCUGCCGCCUGUGGUAUUUACUAUUUUGAAGUGAAGAUUGUCAGCAAAGGAAGAGAUGGGUACAUGGGAAUUGGACUCUCAGCUCAAGGCGUCAACAUGAACAGACUACCUGGUUGGGACAAACAUUCCUAUGGUUACCAUGGCGAUGAUGGACAUUCCUUCUGCUCCUCGGGGACGGGCCAGCCCUAUGGUCCCACAUUCACCACAGGGGAUGUGAUCGGCUGUUGUGUCAACCUCAUCAACGGCACCUGCUUCUACACCAAGAAUGGCCACAGCCUUGGUAUAGCCUUCACAGAUCUCCCGGCCAACCUCUACCCCACCGUAGGCCUGCAGACACCUGGGGAGAUUGUGGACGCCAACUUUGGGCAGCAGCCAUUCCUGUUUGACAUUGAGGACUAUAUGCGGGAGUGGCGUGCCAAAGUCCAGGGCACUGUCCACGGCUUUCCCAUCAGUGCCCGGCUUGGCGAGUGGCAGGCGGUGCUGCAGAACAUGGUCUCAUCUUAUCUGGUGCAUCAUGGGUAUUGUGCCACAGCCACAGCUUUUGCCCGAAUGACUGAAACCACAAUUCAGGAAGAACAGGCAUCCAUAAAGAACAGACAAAAAAUCCAGAAGCUGGUGCUGGAAGGCCGGGUGGGCGAAGCCAUUGAAACAACCCAGCGCUUCUACCCUGGGCUACUGGAGCACAACCCCAACCUGCUCUUCAUGCUCAAGUGUCGACAGUUUGUGGAGAUGGUGAAUGGCACCGACAGUGAGGUCCGCAGCCUGAGCUCGCGAAGCCCCAAGUCCCAGGACAGCUACCCUGGCUCCCCCAGCCUCAGCCCCCGACACGGCCCUAGUAGUUCCCACAUGCACAGCACAGGAGCAGACAGUCCCAGCUGCAGCAAUGGCGUUGCAUCCACCAAGAACAAACAGAACCACAGUAAAUACCCCGCACCCAGCUCCUCUUCCUCAUCCUCGUCCUCCUCGUCCUCCUCUUCCCCGUCCUCCAUCAAUUACUCCGAGUCCAACUCAACAGACUCCACCAAGUCCCAGCCCCACAGCAGUACCAGUAACCAGGAGACCAGUGACAGCGAGAUGGAGAUGGAGGCAGAACAUUACCCCAAUGGCGUGUUGGAAAGCAUAUCCACGCGCAUCGUCAAUGGCGCCUACAAGCACGAAGACCUGCAGACAGAUGAGUCCAGCAUGGAUGAUGGGCAUCCGCGGCGGCAGCUCUGCGGGGGCAACCAGGCUGCCACAGAAAGGAUCAUCCUGUUUGGCCGAGAGUUGCAGGCAUUGAGCGAGCAGCUGGGCCGAGAGUACGGCAAGAAUUUGGCCCACACGGAGAUGCUGCAGGAUGCCUUUAGCCUACUAGCAUACUCAGACCCCUGGAACUGCCCCGUUGGUCAUCAGCUUGACCCCAUCCAGAGGGAGCCUGUGUGUGCUGCCCUCAACAGCGCCAUUUUAGAGUCCCAGAACCUGCCAAAGCAGCCUCCUCUGAUGCUCGCGCUGGGCCAGGCAUCUGAGUGUCUACGGCUCAUGGCCCGAGCAGGCCUGGGGUCUUGCUCCUUUGCCAGAGUUGAUGACUACUUGCACUAGCUGACCUUCCUGGCUGGCUCUGGCUGGCCAUCCUUCAGCCCUAGGCUGGAGCAACCCUGCCCUCCGUAGGCACCUGGUACAGAGACCUGGAAGCCGUGGGCAGAGUCCCACUCCUCCUACCUGGCCGGUCUUCCCUCCCUCCCUCUCUCCCUUGUCCUUUCCUCUUUUUCCUUCCACGUGCAGCGGCCUGUGACACAGUAUUGGCUGAUUACUCAUGUAGCGGCUUCUCCUUUAAAGGAGAUUUUGUUUUGAGGAGAGGUUGGGUUUUUUGUUGGUUUUUUUUUUUUUUUUAAUCUUUUUUUUUUUUCCUCCUGACUGAGCCACCAGUGUUUAUCUCGGGAGAGUUUGUGCUGAGCUGGUUUCUGCUAAUUUAGUAAUGAAGCCUAUCCAGGUUGAUGAUAGCUUAUUAUUUUCAUAAGUAAAAAAACAAACAAACAAAUGAGAUUAUAUAUAUAUAAAUAUAUAUAUAUAUAUUAAAAAAAGACACAGUAUUUAUCGUAGCACUAGUGGUCCAGCACCUCUUGGGUGAGGCUGUCCAGACACCAUGUGUUUUUAUUUGAGUCCAACUCAUUAAAAAAAAAUCAUCUCUUGUCACUUCAAUCAAGUGAUUUGUUUAUUUUAGGCUCCCCUUUUGCUGAACCACAGGUCCAGCUGAGGCUGCUUGGUGGGCAAGGUCAGGCUAAGCUGCUUUGCAGCAUCCCAAGAGGUGUGGGUCUCUAGACCCCUUCUAGGUAGACAAAACACAGAACUGCAGGUUUGGGGAUUCAGGGGCAUGAGGUGGCACAGGGGCGCACAGCAAAACAAGGGAACACAGGGUCUGUAGCCAGCUGUCUACCACUCCACCCUGGCUCACUGCCUGCCUUGCCCCUCUCUCCCAUCUCAGUGCCCUGCCUUCCCUUGUUGUUAAGAUGGCCAAAUAAUUCAUUACUCUCAGUUGAAUGCCUGGAAACUACCUGCCUUCAACCCAAGAGCUGCUGUAUGCCAAGAGGAAGACUCUGUUCCCAGGACAGAGGCCCUUAACUACAGGCUGGCUGCUUUCUUCCUGCCUGGGUCUGCAUCACUGCCCAGCUCUGAUGGGAUUGAUAUUUCCUGUGGAGAAGUUGGUACCUCGUGGAGGCUGGUUCUCAGACCACUGGUCCAGAGUGGAUGGAACCUUUGACUUCCUGGUCCAGAUUUCCCUACAGCUAUGGGAGGCUGCUCCCUACAGCUUGGCCCCAGCAACUCUUAGGAAGAGGAGACUUCAUGGGCCUUACAAUGUCCCACCAACUGUUUCACAUGGAUCCUCACAGCUGGUGGAGCAACAACAAAAAACCCCGCCACCACAGGGCUGAGAUGCUGCCAGGAUGUGGGUGGGCCAUCCAUGGAGGGGACUGUCUGCCAAGGAAGAGGAGGGUCUAUGGAGAGGAGACCUGGAGGGGCCAGAUCUCUUUACCUGCUUCACAGGGUGAGUGAAAAGCCCAACAGCCUCUGCACAGAGAAGGCAGAGCUGCAAGUGGGCUUCCAGUUCCCGUCUGCAUCUGGGCUGGGUGAGCUCAUGUUCUGCUGUGGACACAGAUCAGAGGGAGAGCUAGAAAUGCUCUGUGUCUGCCAGGCUUCACCAGGCCCACAGCUGGGCAAAAUGAAUUAAGCCAGCUGUCACGGGCCAGGGCCCUGACUGAAAUCUUGCAGAAAUUUGGUUUGAGGGCUACUACAUUUUCUUGGUUCCUGACAGAGCUUUGUUAACAGCUUGUUAGGAGGUCUUGUCCUGUGUAAAGGAAAUUUCAUCCUGUCGAAGGUUGGAAAUAUCAGGCUGUUACAGUGGUCGUCUUCACAUUUGGAAAUGAAAUACAGUGGCAUUUGCAGAGCAGUGGAGUUUAGAAAACAUCCCCACCAGGCCUCUCCUUUGCCCGUUAAAGAAACAGGCCCAGGAGAUUAAGUGACUUGAUCAAAACCACACAGCAAAUAGUGGCACAGUCAGGACUAACUAUUCGUAUGGGUUCGACAGUCUUGGCAGAUGAACUUUGUGAGGGGUUAGGUUGAUAUGACUUGAGCAGUGCCUGAGCAGCAGGGACCUUUAGGAGUGUGACAAGGGUGGGGAUGGGUGCUUAGACUUGGGCUGUGGAGUGGCUGAGAGGGCCUUGGAGGGCUCCGGACUGCUGUGUGCUGUAUGGAGUUGUGUGUCUAUCUGGCUCGCACUCAGUACCCAUGGCCACCUCCCCAUUUUCUGUGCCUUAUCACUGUUUCAGCUGAGUCCAAGUUGUUUACUCGGUUCCUCUCCAGAGGGGUUCCCUGUCCUAGUUGGACAGCUCACUUUGGGGACAUAAGCCUUUGCCCCGCAAGCUGUGGGGAGGGCCAAAAUCAAGCUGCUGGAGCCAGUUGUUAGUCCAGUCCUGCUGCCAGAGGAGCCCUGUAUGUACCUCCAAUCCUCCUAGCCUGUUUCCAGGAGCCUGGAUGGGGAAUAGUUUCUUGGCUACAGCUUAGUAAGGGGCUGGACCUGACCCUUGUAGGCAAGAGGAGGACCUGGUUGUGUUGGGUUCUCCAGCCCUUGGGGAGCAGCAUUCCUUACUCACCUCCCCUUUGUGGCACCAGGUGGUAGCUCCUUGCAGAGCAAGGACCAAGUUGACAGAUCUCCACCCCUUCCUAUAUGGGUCUGUGGCUGAAUCUAGGCGGCAGAACAAGAAUAUUACAAGCUAGGGAAGUGAGGACUGCCUGGCUACCCAGCCCCUUAAGCACAAAAAAACGAUGAGGCAGAGGACUGUUGGGGCUGAACGUUCCUUUGGUUGCUCACAACUCAGGUAUGCACGUCAUUUGGCAGCUGGACAUCAGAGCCCUACUUCACCACCAAUGGCAGGCGUUUGGACCUGUGGCCAGAUGGUGGCUUCUGGCUGUCCCCAGUGCCCACCUCUUCACAUAGGUCCCCUCCAUUCUCAACUCCAGCUGAAACAGGCAUCCUCCACAUUGUGCACACUGGUUCUGCCUUUGUCCUUGCAAGUUGAUACUCAGCAUUAGCAUGAAAUUUGUGGUGGGAGAGGGUUGACAGAAUUCUAACACAAACAUCCUAUUAAAUUGUACUUGAGAUGAAAAAAUUCCUGUUGUAUUUUGACAGAAUUAUUUUUAUUAAAAUACACAUCCAU